AUGUCCUCCUAUGAACCAUUCGAGGCUACAGACUUACUAAAGUUAAACAAUGUUAAUCUAGAUAUAUUAACAGAAAAUUUUCCCUUAGAUUUUUAUGCAGAAUAUAUGAUCUUGUGGCCUGACCUAUUUUUUAAAAGUGUUGAAGUCAAUAAUGCCAUAUCAGGGUAUAUGAUGGGAAAAACAGAGGGCAAGGGUCCUGAAUGGCAUUCUCAUAUCACCGCUGUGACAGUAGCACCUGAAUUUAGAAGGAUCUCUUUAGCUUCUAAACUAUGUAAUACUCUCGAAAGUAUUACCGAUAAUAAUCCACACUCAGUCAAUUUUAUUGACUUGUUCGUGAAGUGUAAUAACCAUUUGGCUAUAAAUUUAUAUGAAAAGUUAGGAUAUGCAGUCUAUAGACGUGUUAUUGGAUAUUACAAUGGUCCCAAAGAACCUUAUCCAAGUGAUUUAAAAAAAUGUAAUGACGAUAAAGAUGCAUUUGAUAUGCGUAAGGGAAUGGCUAGAGAUAAAGGGAGAUCGACAAGAUCAGACGGUAGAAAAUAUAAAUGUUAUCCACAUGAAGUUGUCUUUUAA